CUGCGGAAGCGAAGGGUACGUGUAAGCAGACUGAUCAGAAUUGCGCGUCUACAGAAAGUAUUUGUGGAUGCUGCACACUCGGAUGUACACUGUCGAUUGCUGAACGCCUAUCUACUCGACCAAAAUGCUGCUGAUGGAGCAUGCCAAAUCGUGAGCAACGUAUAUACAAUCAAAGCACAUACACGAGGCCGUGACCCGCAUACGUGGAUUUUUUCAACAUCAGAACAGGAAGCAUCGCUCGACUAUCCAUCAUUUAUCGUUCGCUCAAACUAUAAGCAGAAAAGUGUAGUACUUUGUCUAGAGGCUACUACUGUAUCUUCGAAUCAGGUAACCGAAACCAUCAAUCCUUUAUUCGCCGUACUACAAGUGCCGUCUAGUGUUUCAACAAUAAAAAUACCUAACCUGUAA